GGUGGCCCACGUGCGUGCCACUCGACGACAUCCCAUCUCUACUUGAGGUUGAGGAAGCGGUACGGGAAAUGGCCAACAGAAAGGCCGUCGGGCCGGACGACCUACCGGCUGAGCUGAUCAAGCUUUUCCUGGACGGAGAUCAAGUGCUGUUCAAGAAGGGGGACACGAUGGAGUGCGGCAACUACCGGGGCAUCUCGCUCGUCGCACACGCCGGCAAGGUGCUGCUUAAGGUCGUCGCUACACGACUGAGCCACUACUGCGAGCGAGAGGGCAUCCUCCCGGAGGAGGAGAGCGGUUUCCGCCCACACCGGUCGACGCUCGACAUGCUGUUCGCCAUCCAGCGGCUCCAUGAGCUCGCGAGGAAGAAGAGUACUGCGGUGUUCGCGUGUUUCGUCGACCUCACCAAGGCAUACGAUUCGGUGGACCGAGACCUACUGUGGGACGUGCUCCGACGCUUCGGCGUGCCCCCGAAGAUGCUGGCGGUCAUUCGCCACUUCCACGAGGGCAUGAGGGCGCGCGUCCGAACGGACGACGGGCAGUACUCGGAAUGGUUCGACGUGGGCCAAGGCCUCCGACAGGGAUGCAACCUGGCCUCGCCACUGUUCAACUUGUUCUUGGCCGCGAUGCUCAUGGUCGCCGUGGCCGAUGCCUGAUGCUGGUGCGUUACCCUUUGAUUUUUUCUUUCGGCGGGUGUGGGACGCGUCCUCCUUUAUUUUUGUGUUUGUUUUAUUUUGAUCGGUGUCCGAGGGAUCUUUUCUCGAACGGUCGGUGCGAUACCUGUUAUUUUCUUUCAAUCAUUUUGUUUUCUUGUUCCGAGUGGUUCGUACCCUAUUUUUGUUUUGUUUCUCCGCGGCGUCGUAUGUGCAAGGUUUUGAGACCACGGGCUUCCCAUUUUUUGUGGACUAUAGAGCUAAUGUGAGAGACAACAACAACAACAACUCCGCACAUAUGCAUACCAAAUUGAAAAUACGUUUGUAAACUGAUGGAGAUUGCAUGUCCUAAAACUAACAGGGUGCGACACACAAAACGCCCGACUAACCAACAGCACCCAAAACUUUCGUCUGCACGUUCCCAACAUAACAUAUAUGAGACACACAAGGCAGCUACCAAACUGAUUUGUUGAGCCUGUUAUCCGCAGGGGACAUGUCCCUAUAUGCU